AUGUCCAAAGCAUCAAAAGCGUCCGCCCAGCAAUUGCUGGCGAAAGCACGUCGGUCGGGUACGUACCAAAUUGCUGCUAGAUUCCUGAGGCUUGAGGAGACCUGCCAGUGCCCGCGCAACUUCCCUCUGCUGGUGCUGGUUGCGCAAAUCAGCACUUUGGUUUUGGCGGUCGUCAUUUGGCCAUCCCUCUUCGGGACCACGUUGCCGAAGCCGAAUGAGGUCGAGGAGUGGCUGUCAAAGCGUUGGCAGAACGUCCUCCGAGCGAGGGGCAUAGCUGGCCCCGUGGUCGCCACGCAAGCUUCCCAAGCUUCGGGAAAUCUUGAAGCAGAUGUUUCCUCUGCUAACCUCCGCGGUGCAGUAGAGACUAAGGAGCCCUCCACCCCUCUGCCAGCUCCAGCGGGCUGGCUCUCUGCUGGCGAAGGGUACUGCGAAGAUGGCAAGACCCACCAAGAGUUCAACUCCUUGCACGCCGUCGGGAAGACUCUUCAGGAAUGCGCUGACGUGGCCAUGUCGGACCCGGAGAGUGUUGCUUUAGACUUCUCCACUGCUGACGGUGGCUGCGAUAUACGGUUUCCGGCCGGCUCGCUCUUCCAAUCCGUUCCUGGCUUCGACUGGUGGGGCUGGGGGGCUGGAGAGUCAGCUCCACGAGGUUCGGGGACCAGGAAGCACGAUUCUGCGACUCACUGCUUCGUGCCGCAGCAGAGAGCACCUCCAGCGCGACCAGUGCGGGAAGUGUCUGCCACACUUCACCCCAAUUACAAGGCGUUGAUUCAAGAGUAUCCGUUUCAGCCCGUGCGCAACGAGCGGGGAGACUUCGUGAACAUCAUCCUUGUCCGCUCGCCUUUCAGAACAAAGCGGCAGGAGAAGCUGUUUCAGCAGUUCAAGAACGAGAUUCUGUUUAUGGGCAUCAGCAGUUGGGAGGACUUCCCGCUGCCGGCACCAAACCCGUUCUCGGAGUCCUUUCCGAAAGACAAGUUUGUGGGCCUGUUUCCUGGCUUUCUCUACAUGCAUCGAGAACCAGAGAAGCUCUUCCCAAGCCAUGUCAAGCUCCUGCUGCUGUCACAAUCAGACUUCGCUCUGCCUGGUCCAGCGCAGGCCGUCCCGAAGAAGUACGACUUUACUUUUUCUGGAUCCGACCAAGAUGUGGACCAGGAUUGUGUCGGCUGGUCCUCCUUCGCGAAGAAUUGGACCUUUGCCAAGGAGGCACUAGAGGUGAUGUGCGGAGAGCGCAUGACUGGUGUCCUCGUGGCCACGAAGAAUAAGCCAGUACUUCUCAAGCGAUUGCAUGGCUGCAUACCAAUGACUGGCGUCGAAGUGGUGCCGCCACAAGAAGAUCAUCGACCGGCCUUUUUCGGCAUUUCCGCAAGUUUCUUCUGCCUCUUUUUGUAUUACAGUUUUUUUGCACGUUUCGCGGUUCUCAUCUAUACGCAUUAUGGCUUGGAUGGUCGCGAGAUUGGGGUGAUUGGCCUUCUGAGCAUUCUGGCAAGCAUCCCUGCCUCCUCCUUUUGGGGCCUUGUUGCAGACCGUAGCGGCCGUAGGAAGCUCGUCCUGGCUUGCUGCUUGGGUAUGGCCACGACCUUCCAAACGUUGCUGUGUUUAGCUCCUUACAUUCAGGACCACACUUAUCGAUUCAUGUACUGCUGCACAAUGAUGGUUUGUUACACGGCUGCGCGUGGCAACGAUUAUGGCCAGCUUCGAGGAAUCACCAUGAGAACACUGGAGAGGUUCAAUCGUCAGGGAGCUUAUGGCAACCUUCGCCUUUGGGGAGCUGUGUCUUGGGGCAUCGCCCAUCCAGUCCUGGGCUGGCUUUUGGACGUGGAGCAUGGCCAGCUGCAGAUGCUCUUCAUCGGCAAUGCAUUAAGUGCACUGUUGGCCGUAGCCUGCUUCUCGCUUCUUCUACAAGGUCGAUGGACCGAUGAGAGUUCUGCAAGCCAGCACUCCGACGGCGGCCGUUGCCAAGGCGAUUCCGACGCAGGUGGAGCGGAAGGGGGGGCCCAACCCAGGCAGCAAGCCUCGCUGCGUGCACUUUUACAAAUCCUCUAUUCCAGGCCCGAGAUGAUUACAUGGCUUCUGUGCGCAGCCACACAGGCCAUGGGCAUGCAGCACGUGUUCCAGUUCCUCUUCCUGUACAUGCAAGAGCGUUUCCACUCAACCGACAUCCUGAUGGGCUUCAGCGUCACAGUGACCGUUCUCUUCGAGAUUCCCAUUUUUGCAGUUAGUGAGAAGAUCGUGCCGAAGCUGGGGCCAACGGUUCUCAUUGCCAUAGCCAUGGCUAGCUUUGUUGUGCGUGUGCUGGGAUAUACCAUUGUCCCUGGAGCUGCUUGGCUGCUGUUGCUGGAGCCGCUACAUGGUGUCACCUACAGCUGCUUCACCCUCGCAACUGUGCAUUACUUGAACGAACAUGUUCCGAUGCACAUGAUAUCCACGGCUCAAGGCUUCAUGUCUUCGAUCACAGCCUGCGGCUCCGCAUUCGGAGCCGUGCUCGGUGGCUGGCUCAUGGAUCUGCCAAAUGGUGGCUUAAUUCUUUUCCGUUCAGACACUGUCAUCAUGAGCCUCGUCCUCGUGCUAUUCCUGGCAUCUCAAAAGAAGUCGCUGAAGAGUGCCGCAACGAAGAAGGAGACUCAGCAGUUGAAAGAGUACAGAGUAGAGCUGGCCCCCGAGCCGCGCGAUCCACAAUCCACAGAUGCAAAAGGUUUGAUUACGCAGACGACAUUCUUGUCCCAGGAUGAGUUCUUCGCAUAUGUGAAGCAGAGUCGGUUCCUCUUCCUACCACAAGUACACGAUGCCUCUCCUCGAGUCAUCACCCAGGCCCUGGCGCUCGAUGUGCCCUUGCUGAUGAACAGGAACCUCAUAGGUGGCUGGAAAUACCUGACGGAGACCACCGGUGAGUUCUUCAGCGAUGCGACUGACAUCAAGCAGAGUGCUCAACGACUGCUGACCAAAGCCGCCGGCGGUGAGUACAGUCCCCGCAG